CGCAACGGUUUCUUCUCUAUUUAUUGCACAAGUAAUUAAUUGAUAACAAAUAUUUAACGAAAUACUCGCAUUAACAAUGGCGACGGAAACGUUUAAGAAGAUACGCGCCUGGCUUGGGGUGGCCCUCUUAACGCUUUUUAUGCCGACCAUUCUGUUCAUUUCGGUGUUGAUAUAUCUCUACGAUAAUUUUGUGAGAAGGAAAGUGUGCAAAGAUAUAGCCGGUGAAGUGGCUGUGGUCACCGGUGCAGCAGGUGGACUGGGUAAAUGUAUCGCUGUCGAAUUGGCCGCGAAAGGAUGCCAUGUCGCCAUAUGUGAUAUCAAUUUCGAUUUAGCUGUGACGACAGCUAAGGAAAUCGCCGAUAAAUAUGGCGUCAAAGCAAAAGCUUAUAAGGUAGACGUCACCAAAUACGAUGAAAUUGUGGAGCUCAAUGAGCAAUUAACGAACGACAUUGGCACUGCCACUAUACUCGUGAAUAAUGCAGGCUUGCUGUUGCACUCAGAUCAGUUAAAUCCCACAGUGCAGGAAAUUGAAGCAAUGGUUAAAGUCAAUUAUUUGUCACAUUUCUGGACUAAUCGUGUGUUUCUCCAAAAUAUGAAACAUGCCAGACGUGGCCAUAUUGUGGCUAUCAGCUCGCUAGCUGGUCUUCUCACGUUACCACAAUCGGAGCCAUACUGCAGCGCUAAGACCGCCGUGCGCACCCUAAUGCGUUGCUUACGCGCCGAGCUGAGGCUAGACGGCAUUACGGGCAUUGACACGACCACGGUCUUUCCUUCCUUUCUGCAAACUCACGCAAGAGUGAAAAAGAUGGCUCAGGACAGUGGUUAUGCGGAUAUAUAUCCGAUGAUAGAGGGUGAAGAGGUGGCGCAAAGAAUUGUGCGUGGCAUGCAGCGUGGUGAAGUAGAGAUCGCAUUACCCGGAUUCUUUAUGAUUCUCUACCGUUUCAUAACGGUUUUACCGGCACGUGUCCAGGAUUGGUUGUUCUUCAACCCAUCGAUUGCAAAUUUCACUUCCAAACGUGCCAUGACAUCACUAAAAAAGCAAUAAGUUUAUAUUUUCUUAGUUUA